UGCUUUAAAUUUCUUCUGUUAGGCAGACUCUUUGGCUUCAUUUAUUUGUUUAUCAAUUCUUUUUUAGACUUUGAAUUUUCACUCCUCUUCCGUUUGAGUUGAACUCAAAUUGGACGAUGUUUCUUCCUUUUCGUGUCGUUCGUGCGCUGGAUUUCCUUGCACCAUGCAUGCUAUCCUGGUUUUGAAGGCGCUGUUGUGUGAUCUCUACUUCCUCUGUUGUAGGAUAAUUUAAUAAAUUCAGGUUCUUAGAGUGGGUAUAUUGCAAGCCAGUGUGGUAUUGGGUCGCAGAUGAGAUCAAGUUGUGCCUGGUGGACCCGUUUUAGUGUGUAGUUGACGAAUGUGGUGACUGCGAUAACCUUUUGCAUGUCUUUUCUCCGUGGUAUGUUUGGUCAAAAUGGUUCUGCGUGAAAACGUUUUUUUGUUUUGUUUUGUUUUGUUUUUUGUUUUGUUUUGUUUUGUUUUUUUUUUUUUUUUCCUACACUUGUUUACUAGCAUUAAUGGCCCAAUUUCCUCUCACGGCAUCAAGUUAGCAAGAUCACUUGUUUAGCGGGAUUGACGAUAGAGUGGUUUGAUCUAUAGUUCUGUACUAUCUGGUAUAUUUGUGUUUGUUUUGCUUUUUUGUUCAAGCCAAUCUUAAUUCAUUCUUAUUCAAUUAAUUUAAAAAUUUUAUAAUUUAAUAGUUAAAAGCCUUUGUCAGAGGACCUCAGUAACACGUCUUUUGAACAUGACUUGCUCUACCACCUUCCAUUAAGCUAUGUAAAGAAUCCAGAUGUCAAGUUGCAAUUUAUUACUUUUGUAAUGAACAUACAUAAUUUACUCAAACACACAGAAAAAGAAGAAACUCAAUUGUGUUUGAUGAAGAGUUGUUAUAUCCUGAGAGUUUUCGCCAGUCAAUCUUUGACCUUUUUUGAAACGAAUUUGUGGCGAAGCUGGGGAACUAACUUGAAUUCCUUUGACGUGCGCUCUUUUGAGGCCAAUUAUCUCAGGAAUGAGCGAGGACUUUAUUAUGCUGUGGAUUUAGGUGGCACCAACUUCCGAGUUCUCCGUGUUCAGCUGGGUGGGUUAGAGGGGAGGGUAAUCAACCAAGAGUAUGAGGAAGUGCCCAUCCCUCCUCAUGUGAUGCUUGGAACAAGUAAACAAUUAUUUGAUUUUAUUGCCAAGGAAUUGGUGAGCUUUGUGGCAAGAGAAGGUCAGGACUUCAGGCUACAUGCAGGUCAGCAGCGGGAAAUAGGGUUUACCUUCUCAUUUCCUGUGGACCAAACGGCAGUAAAUAGUGGUAAACUUUUGCAGUGGACCAAGGGGUUCAAAGUGAACGAUGCUAUUGGCCAGGAUGUGGUUGCAGCACUUCAGAGGAGCAUUGAAUCCUUAGGGCACAAGAUGAGGAUAUCUGCUUUGAUCAAUGAUACUGUAGGAACGCUAGCCGGCGGUCGCUACUGGAAUAAUGACGUGAUGAUAGGUGUUAUUUUGGGUACCGGGACCAAUGCCUGUUACGUGGAGCGAGCUGAAGCUGUAUCGAAGUGGGGUGGCGAGAUUCCGAAGUCUGGACAGAUGGUGAUAAACAUGGAGUGGGGGAAUUUCUGGUCAUCACAUUUGCCUAGGACUUAUGUGGAUGAAUCCUUGGAUAACGAGAGUUUGAACCCAGGAGAAUACGGUUUUGAAAAGAUGAUCUCUGGAAUGUAUUUGGGCGAUUGUGUGAGGCGCGUGCUUGUUAGAAUGGCACAACAAGCAGGCAUAUUUGGUCCCCGUGUUCCACACAGGCUUUUGGAAGCUUUCUCACUUAAGACACCGGAUAUGUCAAAAAUGCAUCAGGAUAAUAAUAACGAUCUAAGAGUGGUUGGAGAAAUUCUAAACAGUGUUUACCAGAUUCAAAACACCACAUUGGGAAUUCGAAAGAUUGUAGUGGAGGUUUGCGAUGUGGUGUGUAAGAGAGGUGCUAGACUGGCAGGUGCGGGAAUUGUAGGAAUAUUGAAGAAAAUUGGAAGGGAUGGAAGUGCGGCGAAUGGGGUUAUCAAGCGUAACCUGUUUGAACAGAGUGACAUGAAUGGUUACCAUGACGACGACCCUAUGCAAUAUACAUCAGACGUGAAAACCGUUGUUGCUAUAGACGGUGGUUUGUAUGAACACUACACCAAGUUCCGAGAAUACAUGCAAGAUGCUGUGUUUGAACUUCUUGGAGAAGCAUCAAAGAAUGUCUCCAUACAGCUUUCCAAAGAUGGAUCAGGCAUUGGAGCAGCCCUUCUUGCUGCAUCGCAUGCCGAGCAUCUUUCUUCUUGAUAACGAUGAAACCAACUACAGUCUUGUGAAAUAUGAGUCUUUGCUGAUUGAAACCUCUUAGUUCUAAUGUUAGAAAUGUGUAUACCAAUCCGUCAAGGGGGUGCGAGUUAGCUUCCUUUGGAGCCCUUGGUUUAUCGGCUCGCCAUUUCUGUAGAAAGGUUCGCUUUUUUUAAUCAUUAAUCACGCAUCUCGGCAGCUCAUGUUUCCAAGAGUAACUUGGGACAACAGAUCCCCUGGCUGCAUACGUAAGCUUAUUUGAAUACUAUGGAGCAACUACUCAAAAAUCUAUUUGCUUUUGUAAACACCUUAAAUCAAAGGUGACGCUCUUUGUCUGGUCCAGCCUAGAGCCCAAUAGUCUAGCCUAAACCUCUGAUGGCUAAAGUUUGGACGUUAUGGUUUUGAGCACCAAACGUUCUGCACUGUUUGCAAUGCUGCUUUUCUGUCUUUCAAUUUGUUGUGGAAGGACCAACAAUGCCUGUAGAUACGCUGGGUCUUCAUUGUCCAAGUGAAACCCCAAAGAGCUCGUUGAGGUUUCUAUUUUAGUGAAUGCUGUUGUCGUCAAUGUGGGCUAGUUGAAGUCCCAAACCGCAGUAUGAGGAUGCUUGCUUGCUUGCUAUAUUUUGAGAAUAUGGUAUGUAGCAUCCUCUUUGCUCUGCCAAAGGGUUACUUGUCUUCAGGAUCUUCCUUAGCAGUUUAAAGAAUUUUGGAUUUUGUUAA